AUGUGUUAAUGCAACACAAGGGAAGGCAGAACUCACGGAUGUCCUAUUUACAACGUUGUUAUUUCAUCGCAUAAACGUUAGCAAUGUCUGGCCACAAUCCGCCACACGGGCGAAUGGGACAACCGAACACUACGUGGAAUCCGUUACAGGUCCCGUCGUACGUUCCAAGACAACCGCAGCUGGCGCACAUGUCGAGCGAACGAUCAAUGGCGCGCUCUCCUCUAACGUGGCCUAAUCCACCGACAACGCAUCAGGACAAAGUGUACAACUUAAUGACCGGCAAUCUAAUGAACAACCUUGAAAUGAACCCGCUAUUGCAAGGAUAUGGUCGUAACGUUGCUAUGCCGCUGGGAUCGGUUGACCUCAGCUUGUCGUCUGCCUCACGAAGUACACCUUCUCCGAAAGGAGUCCACAACAGCAUCCAGACAUCUGCCACGACUUCACAUUCGUCACAUACCUCGUCGUCUUCAACAACACUGCCAUCAAACAUUCCCACCAGUGGCGUUCACAGUAUGACCGGCGAUAGUGGGCUUCCUGGGAGUAACCACCAAUCGCGACCCAGCAUCCCUCCAUCCUCGGGCGGAGUUAUCCAGUCGACCACUGUGGCAGCACUGAAAGAACGCAUGCAUCAGGGCACCGGUAGUACCGGUGGGAUGCCAUCUAGCGGAACCGGAAGCACAUCCAAUGCCUUCGGUAUGACGAAUACAAUCAACGACGGUAGUAAUAGUACGAUGGGCGCAAACAUCGUACGAGGAGGAAAUGGUUUCGGGGCCGGAUUGAACAAUCGCACAGCCAACGAUCUGGCCGCACUGGUGUCGGGCGGUCUGUUUGUGAAGGAUGCGAAGCAAAUCAACAGCGAAAUGGAUAGUAAAAAUGGUCGCGACUGUUUUUCGCACCUUUCCUGCACGGACUCGGCCGAUCUGGUAAAAGAGUUUGUGUUGCAAACGAUGCACUGUAACGCUCUGUCGGUUUCACCAAAGCGAACCUCCCCAGCGAGAUCAUCGGCACAGUCUGCUUUAAGUCCGAGCAGAAGCCGAAGUCCGCCUUUAAAUUUACUGCUCGGACCGUCCGCGAUCGAUGGAAAGCUGGAUUGCUUGAAUAGCACGUUUCCCUUGCCGAGUAACAACGCAUCCGUGCCAUUAUCGUUAAGUUCCGACACUACCGCACCUUCGGCAACUAUGGACGGAACCGAUGUGGCAACGGUAACGGCUCGUGCACUAGGAUCGUUGCUAUCCGGAACUGCUGCUAGUGAAAUGGCAACCGGUGCAUCGACACCCUGCCAGCUUAAUCCUUCCACUUCGCCAACAGGAAAUAGUAUGGCCUCGAGUGAAGAUUCGGUCGAUUCGUCCAACAGCAGAAGUAACAACGCUCGGAGGAGACGAAAGCCAGAAAAAACGAACAAAAUGAACGCGACAUUCCCCCUCGAGGAAGGCAAAUCAUUGUUCCCUGUGGCAGCAAAACCUACCGUUGGUGGAAUGCCCGGUAUGGAUGAGUUGGAUAGUUUACGAUCGAAUCACACCGCAAGAAACGAUAUUACGGCACUAGCGAUCGAAGGUAUUAAUGCGCUCAGUCACGGAUUGUCGGCGACCCAGUGCGAUCUUAGUCAAAGUCAACCACCGCUGGACAGCAAUGCCAGUGGGCAUAGCACACAGCACGACAUCUUCCUUCCGCUUCACGCACAACGAAAGCCACUGCCCGAAACGCCACACGAUCAUGAGCAGCAAAAGCUUCUACUAGAAACACUUAUCCAAAGCAAUAUGAACAAUAAUGGCACCGAUACGGUCGGUUCCAAUUUACAAACAUCCACAGCAGCAAGUAGUAGUGGGCCAGUAUCGGACGGUCCGGGACCAGUUGACGUGAAUGAGUUGCAAAAGCAGGAUACGAACGAUUGCGAAACGAUUGACAAAAUUGCCGCGAUGGUGUCGUCUACUAGUGCGAUCGCUACCAAGCUUUUGCUGGACAAAGUAACGGAAUCAACGAACGAUAAUAAUGGUAUUACGAACUGUAAUGGGCCUGGUCAGCAGACGGGUAAGCACACGCAACAUGAGGAAAAAAAUGGUCACAAGGGUGAGAAGAAGGCGAAUGCUUCCGACAGCAGCUAUGAGGAGGUUGAGAACAAAUUGGAGGAAAUGUUUGCGGGCAUCGAAGAGCAGCCGGGAAAUGGUGUAGAAUCGAUCGUACAAAAAGAAUCGCCGAAUGCUGAGGAUCAUCGGCGUGCUCCGAAUGCAGCGGCGGCUUCCAUCGAACAUGGUCCAACGGCAAGCGUAUCGGAUGGUGAUGUGAUGAAACAACUCUCGAAUGAUUUGCUGGCGGAACCGUGUGAAAAUCCAACUAGCAAUCCUGCCCGUUCCAGCAAUGGAAGCGGGAAGAAACCAUUAACUCCCGCACAAAAGCGUAGCAAUGGCAGCAAACUGGUCACACCGUCGGAGGAGAGUACAAUGAUCACCAGUACGCCGGUUCCGGUAAAACGCAAACGGGGACCGAAGAAGAAAUCGAACGCACACAGCAAACCCUCUUUUAUGGAAUCGGAAGGACCAUCGCUGUUGGGUCUGAAGGCAUUAAGUAACAAAAAUAUAGGCAAAGCUGGAAAAGCAGGUGUUGGUGGUGCGGGUAAAAAGGGUUCCAAGGGAGCAAAGGGAAAGGGUAGCAAGAGCAAGGAUCGCGAAUUGUCCCAUGUCGGUGCGGGAUGGUUUGCGGGUGGCAGUAGUGUUGCUGCUGCUUCUUCUGCUGCCUCCACCAGUAUAGACCCGAACGGGAAGUACAAGGGACCAUACGUACAGGUCAAAGCGGACGGAUACCAUACCGUCAUCAAUGCGCCACUAAACGAGGAGGACAGUGACAAAACGCAGCACAAGACGAAAAAGUUCGGCAACAGUCUGAACAGCUCGGAGCGAAGCAAAAUUCGCGGUCUGCAUGUAAGCACGCUCAGCACCAAGUACGAUGCGGACACGACCGAUACGAGCUGGAUGUGUGUGUUUUGUAAGAUGGGACCGCACAAGUUUCGGCUGGGCGAUCUGUACGGUCCCUACAUCAUCAGUACGACGUCAAGCGAGUACGAGCAGAGCCAGGUCGAUGUGGAUUACUUUAGUGUGCGUCGAACGCGCGACGAUCUCGAAUCAAACCUAGCCCGACAGAAGCGUGCGGCGGAAAAGCUGAAAGAGCAGCAUCAGAGUGGUUCGAAGAGUAAAAAGCGGAAAAACGCUGCAGGAGUGGCAGUGAAUGUUGCCCCUAUACCAUUGCCAGGUCCGAGCUGCUCGAAAGAGAUGACGCUCAAGGAGGAGAAAUGUGAUGAUGACGCCCUGCAUCGUGCGGAACAGCAAACAUCGACAGAGAUUUUCUACGGUAUGAUCAAAGCAAGUGAUAACACGUACGAGGUAUGGACGCACGAGGACUGCUUAGUUUGGGCGCCCGGCGUGUACAUGGUGGGGACACGCAUCGUCGGGCUGGAGGCGGCCAUAUGGAAUUGCUGCCGGCAUCAGUGUCAGUUCUGCCGACACUAUGGUGCCGUGCUGAGCUGUCUGUAUCAGGGAUGUCACGCCAAGGCACACUACAUUUGUGCUCACAAACAAAGCUGGAAGAUGACGGAAGAUUUCCAAUCGUUCUGUCAACUGCACACCGGAAAGCCGGAUCUUGCUGACGGUGGGGAUGUGGUAGCGUCUAGUAGUAGAGAGGUUACUGGUACUACUACUGCUGCCGCAACGACAGCACAAGCAAAGCAGCUUAAGAAGGAAGGAAAGCCAGGUAAGGCGGUAGUUAGCUUGACAACGAGUGCGUCAUGA